AUGACGACGGCCCAGCCUGACACCGCCGAGAACGAGCUACACGCCGUCGCGCACCUCGAGAUGGGCACCAAGCGCGCCGACGACGCGUGGUGGCGCAGCCCCAUCGCCGCGGCGUUCGUGCUCGGCCUGUGCAACUUUACUGCCCCGGGCAUCUGGGUGGCCGUCAACUCGCUCGGGGGCGGCGGCGAGUCGAGCCCGCACCUCGUCAACGCGGCGAACGCGCUGACGUUUUGCCUGAUGAUCGCCACGGCGUUCCUGAGUCCGGCUAUCACCAACAAAGUCGGCGUCAACGUCGCCCUCUUCCUCGGCGGCAUCGGCUUCGCGCCGUACGUCGGCGGGCUGUACGCGAACAACGUGCACGGCGUGCGCUGGGUCGUGGUGUUUGGCGCCGCGACGUGCGGGCUGAGCGCGGGGCUGUUCUACGCGCUCGAGGCGGCCGUGGCGAUCAGCUAUCCGGAGAAGGAGCGCUUGGGCCUCGUGUUGGGUAUUUGGAUGGUGUGGCGCGUGCUGGGGCAGGCUAUCGGCGGGGCCAUCAAUCUCGGCCUCAACGCAACCCGCGCGCAGGCCGGCGCCAUCAACCCCAACGUCUACAUCGUCUUCAUCGCCCUCCAGUGUAUCGGCCCGCUGAGCGCGUUCCUCCUGCCCCGUCCGCACCAGAUCCGGCGCCGCGAUGGCAAGGAGGUGACAUUCUACACGCCGUUCAGGUUCGGGCAGGAGCUCAAAGAGACAGCGAGGGUGCUGGUCUCGAAGGAGUUCCUCCUCGUCAUCCCCCUCAUCGUACAGGGCGUCUUCCCAGAGUCGUACAACAACACGUACAUGGCGAACCACUUCACGGUGCGCGCGCGCGCGCUGGGCUCGUUCGUCAUGGCGCUGGGGUGCAUGGUCGUGGCGGUGAUUCUGGGCUGGUUCCUCGACGCAAAGAAGUUCUCCCUCCGCACCCGCGCCCGCGCAUCCUUCGCCUGGGUGAUUGGCUUCCGCGCCGCCCUGUGGACGUGGGCACUUGUUAUCAACGCGCACUUCCCCACCCGGGAAGCCGUCGACUGGAACUCGCCGUACUUUGGGCGCACGUUCGCCCUGUACGUCCUCAUCGGGACGAACUUCCAGGAGAACUACAUGUGGCUCUACUUUAUCAUGCACUAUGUCGCCAAAACACCCCAAGACGCCGUGCGCACCGCGUCCCUCCUGCGCGCGAUCGAAUCCGCCGCCCAGGCCGUCGCGUACGGCACGAGCGCGAUACCGCAGUUCAAGCUCAUCGAGCAGGCGGGCGUCAACCUCGCCAUUUGGGGCGCAGCGCUGCUGCCUACAUGGCUGAUUGUGCGGCGCAUCGGGGUGGAUUUGAAUGGGCCUGAGGAGGAGGGGGAGAAGGGGGUGGAUGGGAAGGAGGGGGCUGUGGUGGAGGAGAAGGGCGAGUAG